AUCCAAGUCAUCUGUAGUAGUAUUUAUUUCAAAUCGCCUUCUCCUCCCACUUGAUGGCAAUCACAAGCAUCAAUCAAACGUCCCUUUACCUCUCAAUCCCAUGCAUGAAAGCAUUGAAUAGGGCUCCCUCCUUGCCUCCGUCGCAGGAAAACUAAAGGAACCAUCCAACACCCACUUCACCUCACUCCUACAAAAUUACAUCAACAGCAUCUUCCCUUCUUCCCCUACUUCUUCUCCCAUCACCAAGUACGAGUGAAAUAGAUAAGGAAAUGAUGGUGUCUCCAGCAGCCGAUGAUUCUCAGACCUCAGGAGGGCGCAAAACAGCCGCCGCCGCCACCACCACCACCACCAACCCGCUGCACCCGCCGGAGCAAGGCCUCAAGUGCCCGCGGUGCGACUCACCUAAUACCAAAUUUUGCUACUACAACAACUACAGCCUCACCCAACCAAGACACUUCUGCAAGACCUGCCGCCGGUACUGGACCAAAGGUGGCGCCCUCCGCAACGUGCCUGUCGGCGGUGGCUGCCGCAAGAACAAGAAAUCCAAAUCGUCUGCCUCAACCCGCCUCCCCCUCGAUCCCGCCGAUCCCAUCGUAGGGAUCCCGGAACAUGGCAGCGCCUUAAAAUUCCUCACUGGGCCUUCCCAGCCUGCAGUUGACUUCCAGCUAGGCGUACUCCCCUUCUCAAGGCUACAACUUCCCACCACUUCUGGGGUCUUCAGCAGCAGCAACAACCAAUUCUUCUCCUUUGCGGACUUUCCCUCCGCCACCGCUAUCUCAUCUCCGGCCGUCACAACGGCUUCUUCCAUGGUGGGAUUCAGUUACCCAAUUUCUUCCGUUGGGUUGUACGGCGAGAUGGGCGGCGGCCUUUCCUCGAUGGUGAGCAGCAAUACCCACAGUAGCAUUGCUUCUUCCAUUGAAUCCUUGAGCUCUAUAAACCAAGACCUUCACUGGAAGCUUCAGCAGCAAAGGCUGGCUAUGUUAUUUGGAGUGGAGGCCCAUAAGGAGAGCACUUUGUCUGCUCUCCCAACCCCUCUUCUGGAGAAGCAGCCAGAGCCCAUCGCCUUUCAGCUGCCUGACUGCACCAGAGCUGAGGAUUGUGGAGGCAGUGGGUCGAGAAGUGGCUGCGUCGGCACUACCGAAACUGCAGCAUGGUUUCAUGAGAGUUCUUACACGAUGCCUGCCUCCGCCACCAACAAUUCCCGUGACAACAACACUAGCAGCAGCGGCAACAACAACUCAAGCAAUUGGAAUGGAAUCCCUGCUUGGAACGACAUGCCGCAGUUUACGACUUUGCCUUAGGAAGGAAACGGUCGAACGGAAGCAAGUAUGUUUCCAAUGUACUCCUAUUUUCUUGUUCUUUCUGGUUCUCGUUCACUUUAGUUUGCAGCUAAAGCAUUCUAGGGAGCCGCGAAUGAUGGAAUGUUUUCUUAAAGAGGGUGACUGAUGUGUGUUCAAUGUGUUCUGAUGUUUCUCU